AAGCCUCUUUCAUCGGGGCGCAGACUUCCUUUUACUCCUUCCUUUUGCACUCUUGCCGCCUCCUCCCGGGGAGAACCCGAGGCCCCGGCGGCCGCGGGACAGAGCCAGGCCGGGCUACCGAGGCCGUGCGAAGAAAAGUUUCUUUCUGGAAGCGCAGCCUAGGGCCGGCUUGGGGUACGGCUCGGAGCAAUGGAGCCAGCCUUCGGGGAGGUGAACCAACUGGGAGGAGUGUUCGUGAACGGGAGACCGCUGCCCAACGCCAUCCGGCUUCGCAUCGUGGAACUGGCCCAACUGGGCAUCCGACCGUGUGACAUCAGCCGCCAGCUGCGGGUCUCUCAUGGUUGCGUCAGCAAGAUCCUGGCGCGCUACAACGAGACCGGCUCGAUCUUGCCAGGAGCCAUCGGGGGUAGCAAGCCCCGGGUCACGACCCCCACCGUGGUGAAGCACAUCCGGACCUACAAGCAGAGGGACCCCGGCAUCUUCGCCUGGGAGAUCCGUGACCGCCUGCUGGCGGACGGCGUGUGCGACAAGUACAACGUGCCCUCGGUCAGCUCCAUCAGCCGCAUCCUGCGCAACAAGAUCGGCAACCUGGCCCAGCAGGGCCAUUAUGACUCCUACAAGCAGCACCAGCCCGCGCCGCAGCCCGCGCUGCCCUACAACCACAUCUACUCGUACCCCAGCCCCAUCACGGCCGCGGCCGCCAAGGUGCCCACGCCACCCGGGGUGCCCGCUCUCCCAGCUUCGGUGGCCAUGCCUCGCACCUGGCCCUCUUCGCACUCCGUCACCGAUAUCCUGGGCAUCCGUUCCAUCACCGACCAAGUGAGCGACAGCUCCCCCUACCACAGCCCCAAGGUGGAGGAGUGGAGCAGCCUGGCCCGCAACAACUUCCCUGCGGCCGCUCCCCACGCGGUGAACGGACUGGACAAGGGCGCCUUGGAACAGGAGGCCAAGUACGGGCAGGCACCAAAUGGUCUCCCAGCUGUGAGCAGUUUUGUGUCAGCGUCCAGCAUGGCUCCUUACCCUACCCCGGCCCAAGUGUCACCUUACAUGACCUACAGCGCUGCUCCUUCCGGUUAUGUUGCUGGACACGGAUGGCAACAUGCCGGCGGCACCCCACUGUCCCCCCACAACUGUGAUAUUCCCGCGUCCCUGGCGUUCAAGGGAAUGCAGGCGGCCAGAGAAGGGAGUCAUUCAGUCACUGCCUCCGCACUCUGAUGGGCGCUUCGGGCUCCAGCAGCUUCACCGGCUCCGGGUUCCCCUCCGAGCACGCCUCCAACCUCCCCUCUUCCCAGGUGUCUCCUGCCCUCCACCUCGCCUGCCCCCGCCGGGAGAGCUGGCUCUGUGGAAUGACAUCUUUUGUGCUGAUGACACUUAAAUAUUUCUUGCCAUAACUUCUCUCUUGCAGAAAACCUGACAUGACUUUAGGAUUUAAAAACAAAAGCAACGUUAAGGAUUCAAGGAGACAUUUGUGUUGCCCACACACUGUUUUUAAUGUAGUGGAGAAACCUACACCCCUCAAAGGGCUUAAGGAACUUUCUAGUCUUUGGUAAAACCACACAUGUAUAUUUAUUCUAAAUCGAUCUGAACUUUUGAAACGUGCAAUUAUUGAGAUUUUGCAAAAUCAAUAAAGGAAAACACAUAUAGAAAAAUGCUGUAUCCUCUAAUCAAAUAAGGUGUCCAAGUAAGCCUUAAUGCCUCAUUAGGAAACCAUGCAAUGAUUGACGUGUUUGAGUGAUCCUAUUGUUGAAAGAUGACCUAUUGUAUUGAAAAGUAUGUGUAGAAUUCAAGCAGUACCGAAUUUAGCUCGUCUUGGUGUUUUAUUGCAGUUCCAAAUACAAUGAUGUUUAUAUUUCCUAUUAGAUUGUAAAUAUGGACUCUGGAUGGUGCAUUUGUGUCUUCAUUCCAUAGGAUAACUCCCCUCUCCAAGCCUCAUCCCCUUGUCUAUUUUUCCUUUUCUUUUUUUUGUUCUGUUGACUUUUCUGGCAAUGUCUCCGAGUGGUGGUGGGCUGCUUGGGCUCCUGCACCUGGACUUGCCCCCGUAUGUUGUGUGUACAGUGAAGGCUUCAACAUUUCAUGAAGGACACUUUCUACAGCAGAGGACUCAAAAACAAACACCUAAAUAAAACAAGCCAGUCUCUCACUUUACAUCCUAAUCAAACAACACACAUGCCAAGCAUAUAAAGGCAAGAAGGUAGAAAAUAUCUGAGAAAGAAGGCGCUAAAGGAAGUUACUUAGAAACUUAGGUUUAAUGUGAAAUGCUUUGCAAAGACACUUAAAAUGAACUUUUUUUGUUAAGAAAACCACUGUGAAACGAAAUUGUACUGUUGUUGGCUUACCUGUGUGCUCAACGAUCUCAACCCCACAUGGUGUUGUAAUGUAAAGAAAAUGGAAAAUUUUGCUCCAGUGAAUGUAAUGAUGGCUUGCUGUGAAGUUUACAUUAUUGUACAGAAGCAUAUUUCAUAUGUAGGCAAACUGGUGAUGGUAAUGGAAAUACACCUGCUAUUUAAUUUUAACAAAUUCCCUUUAUUCAUUUCUGGACUUAACAGAACACACUUUUACU